CCCGCAGCUCCACUGGGCCGUGACACGAGCGACGUCCCUGCAGCAGAUCAUGGCCAUCACCGACCAGAGCCUGGACGAGGCUCAGGCCAGGGAGAGCAUGGACCAGCAGCCAGUGAGCACAAGCUGUCUCGGGAGUGCCUGUGAUGUGGAGUUAAUGGCCAUCAUUGCACAAUGAAUGCACAACAAACCGUGGACGUGGACACUUCAGAAGAGCCAGUUAGGGGUUGGGGAGAUGCUCAGUGGUGAGAAUGCCUGUGGUGCAGACAUGAGGACCUGACAGAAGCCCCGUGUGAGCAUAGAAAGAUGUGCAGCGCAUGGCAGGUGCUGACCACCCUCUGAGACAUUGCGGAAGUGUGGUUCCUGUUCGUGCCUGGGCCCUGAGCAGACCACUAGGCAGAGGCGGAAACCACGCCCUGAACUGCCAUCGGAUGAAGUCUGCUCUCUUCAGCGUGCUCUGUGAGAUCAAGGGAAACACAGCCGUGAGUAUCCGGCAUCAGGAAGAGGAUCCUCCCGACGCUCAGCUCCUGAGGCUGGAUAACAUGCUGCUGGCUGAGGGUGUGUCCAGGCCAGAGAAGAGAGGACGAGGAGCAGCGGCAGGCGCCACAGCAACACCAGGUGGCUGUCCAAAUGACAAUAGCAUUGAGCACUCAGACUACAGGGCCAAGCUGUCCCAGAUCCGACAGAUUUACCACUCUGAGCUAGAGAAGUAUGAACAGGCCUGUCGUGAGUUCACCACGCAUGUCACCAACCUUCUCCGGGAACAGAGUAGGGUGAGGCCUGUGUCCUCCAAGGAGAUGGAGCACAUGGUUGGCAUCAUCCACAGCAAGUUCAGUGCCAUCCAGAGGCAGCUGAAACAGAGCACCUGUGAGGCUGUCAUGACCCUGCGCUCACGGCUCCUGGACGCCAGGCGGAAGCGGCGGAAUUUCAGCAAGCAGGCCACUGAAGUGCUGAAUGAGUAUUUCUAUUCCCAUUUGAGCAACCCUUACCCCAGUGAAGAGACCAAAGAAGAACUGGCCAGGAAGGGUGGCAUCACAGUGUCCCAGGUCUCUAACUGGUUUGGCAACAAAAGAAUCCGGUACAAAAAGAACACCGGGAAGUUUCAAGAAGAGGCCACCAUGUACACUGGAAAGACAUCCACGACCACCAUGGCCCGGGGCCCAGGGGGUCAGACCAACUGCCCGUCCACACCCAGCCCCGGUGACAAGGCCAUAGCCCGCCCUAACUGUUCCUGUGGCCCCUUCCCCCUGACCAGUGGAGGUGACAUGGUUCUCACCCUGCGGACCCUGGCCUUCCUCCAGCCCCCACCUGGGGGAGCAUGCCUCCACACCCCGUGGUUUCAAUCCGGGCUUGUCGAGGUGACAGGUGACAGCCUGGAUGCCAUCACCAGCUCCAACAGCUCGUGGCUGCUGUGCCAUGGCCCCUGCUCUGAUUGGGAACUGGUUCAGUGCUUGCUUUAGCUAAAAGGUGCUGAGUUUCCCAUCAUGCCCUCUGCCGCCUGAAGCCUUGUCCCCUCUUGCCCCUCAGUGGCAACUAAGGGGGCCUGCUCUCAGGUCUUCAUCUGGCCUGUCCCCCUGGAGCCACAUACCAACCAGUGUCUCUGUGUCCUGACUCCACUGUCAGCCACCAUCACAACAGUGGCCCAGUGCCCUUUCAUCUACGUCCUGAGAGGACCCUGUGGCAGAUGCUGCCUGCUGCCAGUACCUGCCCACAAGUAUGUCCACAUACUCUGCGGGUCCUGAGGACUGAGGAGUGGCUUUGGGCUGUCACCUGUAGUAACAGAGCACUCGCAUUCACUGCAGCAGCUGUCCCCACUGUCAGCCUCUCCCCACCCCCUUCCGCGACCCCCGGCAGCCACUCAUGUGGAUUCACCUGCUGCAGAGUGUCACUGAGGGCCACACAUUCCAUGUGGCCUUCUGUAUCCAGCUCCUGUCACUGGUAUUUUUUAGGUUUUGCUGCAUUAUAGAAUGGAUCAGAGCCUCUUUUUAAUUUUUUUUGGGGGGGUGGAUGCCAAACAGGGUUUCUCUGUGUAGCCCUGGCUGUCCUGGAACUUGCUUUGUAGACCAGGCUAGACUCAAACUCAGAGAUCCACUGGCCUCUGCCUCCCCAAGUGCUGGGAUUAAAGGUGUGUGCACCACUGCCCACCUGACUGCAGCCAGUGUUCUUAACCACUGAGCCGUCCUUCUAUUUCCCAGAGCCCCUCUCUUUUUCACAGCUGAGUAAUAUGUCGUUCUAGACAAACCCCCAGCUGAGGUGCAAGGAAGCUAAAGGCAGAGGUCACCACCAGCUUUCCCACCCUUUGGCUGCACAGCCUUGAAUUGAGCACCUUCUCAGCCAGCUCUCAGGCUGCAUGGAAAAAGCUUCAGAUUCCGGAAGCUUCUCUGUGUGAGGGGAGGUACAUGAAUAGGUGGAGAACGGUGCUGCCCCAGAAAGCUGGCAAGGGCCGGCAUCAUCCUCGAGCUGCUGACAGGCCCCCACAGUCCCUGUGAACCCUGCUGGGGUCAUAAGUUUUCUUAGCCUUUAAGUGGAGAACUGAGUGAGAUGGAAUUCCUCAGGAAAACUGGCUCAAGGAGGGAGAGCGAAGAAGAGCCAUGCAAAUUAGAUGCAAAUGUAACACAAAUAAGGGGAUCAUGCAAACUAGAUGCAAAUGUAACACGAAUAAGGGGAUCAUGCAAUAGAUGCAAACAGUAUGGAAAUAUCUCAGAAGAGGGCCUAGGGAGAAGCCAGCUGCCCGACAAAAUACUAAGUGCGUUCCCUGUGGGGACUAGCGCAGGGACCUGCAGCCACACAGGCCUCUAGCCUAUAGACAAGGGCGACCUCUGGUGGAUGGAGUCAGGACAGCAGCUGGCCUGUCACCUUCCUUCACCCAGCAUGGUCAGGCCUCCCCAGAGGAUCCCCUCAGGUGAAACCCCUGACCUGUGCUCCCAGCCUCAGUUCCUUGUGGGGGGUAAUAAAUAAGCAGGACUGGCUGAGGGGAGGGGUCAAAAGUUCAGGGGUUCCCACUUCUCUUCCUCCACCAAGUUUUUUGGCCUGUUUGGCAAAUUUUUUACCUAAGGACUUACGCCUCCAGCCCUCAGUGGGGGAAUUCUAGGCAGAGGCCUGAAGAGGCAAGGGCUUCUAACAAUGGUUAGUCCUGCUGGGGAAUCCGAGACAGCAAGAGUGAGUAGGAGAAGGCCUGUGUCUAACGAGAAGGCAGGUUUUACCCUCAGGAAUUUCAUGACCCUGAGCGGGCUUUUUGGAGCCCAGUGCCCAUGGUGGGACACCUUACACAGCCUUGGUGCAGGGGGCGGGGCCUGGACCUGACUCAACUGAAUGUACCAGGCUCUGCUGACUCCCCAUGGGAGACCUUGCCUGGGAGGAGGUGGGAAUGGGGGUUGGGCUGG